GAGAGAGAGCAAAGGUGAUUCCUCUAUUUUUAUCAAACAAUACUCUCUCUUUCUAUUUCAGAUUUUUUUGUUGUUUUUUCAUAGAAAAGAGAGAAGUUUUGUGUGUUGUAUCUGUUUUGCUCUAUUUGUUAAAAGAAAGAAAAGAUGCAAGUUGUUUCUCCUUCGUCUCCGGCGGCUAGGUUCGUCGGAAAAGAAAGAUUCGCCGAGCUUUACGGGAAACUAAACGACGACUUCAGCUCCAAACUCAAGGUCAGCGGUGUUACAGAGAUGGAAGAAGAAAAAUCUGAUCAUGAUGAUGAUAACCAUGAUGGAGAAGAAGGUGAUGAGUUCUCGUUCGCUAGUGUAAAUGGAGAGACCUCACCGAUAACGGCGGACGAAGCUUUCGAAGACGGUCAGAUCCGACCGGUUUACCCUUUCUUUAACCGGAAUCUCCUCUUCGAACCGGAGGCUAAAGAGUCUCUCCGUUCACCUCUCAAGAAGGUCUUCGUUGAACGAGACGAAGCUACCACAACCGCGGCAACGAGGGAAGAAGAAUCUGAACCGAUCGGUCCUUAUUGCUCGUGGUCAGGUAGGACGGUGGAGGAAGCUUCGCCGAAGACUUGUCGGAAAAGCAACUCGACGGGAUUCUCGAAGCUUUGGAGGUUCAGAGAUCUUGUCCUGAGAAGCAAAAGCGACGGCAAAGACGCGUUUGUGUUUCUCAGCAACGGUUCUUCUUCGUCGAAGUCGUCUCCUUCUUCAACAACUGCCGCGGCGGCGAAACCGAGCGGCGGUGUGAAGAGAACGCCGGAGAAAGCAGCGAAGAAGAUGAAAGCGAAGUCGGCGCACGAGAGACUGUACAUGAGGAACAGAGCGAUAAGGGAAGAAGGGAAACGGAGAUCGUAUCUUCCCUACAAACAUGUCGGAUUCUUCACUAAUGUCAAUGGUCUUACAAGGAAUGUUCAUCCUUACUGAUCAUCAGCUUCUUUUUCCGACACAACUAUAGUUUAAAUCUAACCCUGUCUUAAUACUAUGAUAACCUUCUUUUUUUGUAAGUAAAAAGUUAUUUAUUUUUUCGUAUAUUCGCAUCACAUUCCUUUCUACCGACA